AUGGGUACUGAAGCGCUGGUCGCAGCAGCAGCUGCCUCCGCUGCGGCACUAGCUGGUUUUCAUGCCGCCUCAACGGCGGGCAUGCAUCAUCAUGCCAGUUUAUCACAUUCACAAUUUUCCAAUCAAAAGACACGUACGCGCACAAGUUUUGAUCCCGAAAUGGAAUUGCCGCAGCUACAGAAAAGGUUUCAGGAAAAUCGCCAUCCAUCAAGGCAGCAGAUACAGGCCUAUGUAGUGCAAUUGAAUGCCUUGGAAUCGCGCCGUGGCCAAUGCCCGGGCCGCCCAGAAGCAGCUGCCUCCGCUGCCUCCGCUGCGGCACUAGCUGGUUUUCAUGCCGCCUCAACGGCGGGCAUGCAUCAUCAUGCCAGUUUAUCACAUUCACAAUUUUCCAAUCAAAAGACACGUACGCGCACAAGUUUUGAUCCCGAAAUGGAAUUGCCGCAGCUACAGAAAAGGUUUCAGGAAAAUCGCCAUCCAUCAAGGCAGCAGAUACAGGCCUAUGUGGUGCAAUUGAAUGCCUUGAAAUCGCGCCGUGGCCGCAAGCCAUUGGAUAUCAAUAAUGUCGUGUAUUGGUUUAAGAAUGCCCGGGCCGCCCAGAAACAUGCUGAAAUGCGUGGUGGAUAUAGAACAUAA